AGGGGUGACAUUUGCGGGAGUUGGGCGUGAUCUCACUCUACCUCUGGUCUAGACGUCUAGUAAAUGUUGUAACUGCUGAACUUAUCGCCCUUGAUAAAUUUUGUUCUUUGUUGACAUUCAUAGUAUGUUAUUGACACUCAUAGUAUCCAUAACAUGCGCGUUAAUUGUUUAGUUCAGUUGUAGACAUGUUCAUCUGACAUUAUCAAACUUUAUAUUGAACAUAAUAAGUAAAAUGUAAUUUACAUAAAAUCGAAUUUAUUUUCUAAGUUUUGUAUAAGUUUAUCCCGAAUAUAAUUUCUUAAUUAAUGUAGCAAUAGUAUAUACUGACUGGUAGUUAAUAGUUGAGACAUGAUUAUUUUAAAACGUAAAUCCAUCCAUAGACAGACUAGACAGACUGUAGCAGCUUAGGCAAGAGACGACAGUCUGAAUGCUGGUAUGCCGUCGCUUUGGUGAUAUAAUCUCUAGUUCCCUGUGGGCAAAUCAACUAGUUCUCUUUAUACAUUUCAGCACAAAACUUCAAGCAGGACAUGAAUAUUUGUCUUCACAUCUCCAAUUAGUGAGACAGAUAAAAAUGUGACCAUUGUCAGAUAAACAAAACAUAUGGACAUUAGUGAAUAGAGAAAACCCAUUUAAUCACCGAAGCUGAUAUUUUGGGGCCUCGUUUUAUGAGUAUAUUAUAUCAGUGAUACCGUCUAAAGAACUGUUUUGGAGAGUGCAGCAGGAUGAUGGUAGAAGUGCUGUUGACUAUGUUGAUGGUAGUUACUGUGACCACCGCCUGCCUUUGUACCAACUGCAAGCGUCGCCCUAUCCUCGUUGAGGGACAGUAUACCGUUCCUGGGAACACCUUCGAAGUCUGAAUGAAGUCCUGCAGUGCACUGCGAUUAUAGAGAUGUGUCUAAAACUUACAAACUUGGACAGAAAGACAGCAAGUUCACUUUUCAUGAUCAUCAGUGGAAGAAACAACGCCGACGAGUAGGUUAUCAGUGUCUAAACUCGUCCGAAAACUUUUUACUCCAGCCCAUUAAUCUAAGACAUUGAUGAAAUAUAUGAAAUAAUCCAUAUCAAUUUAUGUAGAUUUAUAUAACUUUUCAACCUUCCAGCCACGGAACUAGCCAGUAACCCAAAACUAAGAAAAAGUCAACUUUGCGAGUCACGUUUAUCCGUGAACAUAUGAAAAGUCAGUGAGUGUGUAAAUUCACGUAUAUUUGUGAACGUGUAAGUGUGAAGCCACGUCUGUGAGCGUAUAACUGCGAAGUCACGUCUCUGUUAGCGAGUGCCAAGAAGACACCAUGUUAGCCGAGCUCCUACUGACAGGCCUCUUCGGCAUGGCCUUCUACAUGAUCAUGGACCAGUGGCGUCUAGUGAAGGACCCAGUGGUAGUUGUAGUCAAGGAUGCCAGAGAAGCACAUCCCUCGAAUGAGCAGGACACGCAACAGCAACACCAGCAACAACAGAAGCUGCAGCAACAGGGCGGAGAGGGAAAUGAGGAAAAUGAAGAGGACAAGAGAGAGAAGAAGGAUGAGAAAACGCAGCCCAAAACUAGCGAGACCACAAAGAGGGACAUCUUCAGGAAGCCAUCUCUGUCCCAACCUCUGAUAUCCUAUGAUUCAUACGAGUAAGAGACCCACGUUGAAGAAAUUAUACAAGAAUUAUGGCACAGAUGAAACUCUCAUAAUUCACUAUAGUUAAUGAAUGAAUUUUAUCACAUACUCUGUGCCUCACGAGUGAUUCAAGAAACAGAAUCAUCAAAGAAUUGAUAGGAUAAUAUUUAAGGUAAAAAGGCCAUAUAUUAUUAGUACUGUAUCAUUAUAAGUAGGAAAUAAAACUAUAUCGUUCUAUGAAUUAAGUUUAGAAUGUGUGCUAGACUAUUAACACAGAGUUCCUGCAUAAAUACUUACCAUACUUAGUGAGACACAGGCUGGCUGUAUAAUGCUCACUGUGGCAUAUGAUUUUACUUUAAGUAAAAGUCUUCUUGACUGGUGGUGAACAGGUUACAUACAGCCUUAAUGAUCCCUCGUGUAAUCGACAGGCUUUAAAUCCCAUUAACCUAUGAUGACGUCAUGUUCUCAGUACUGUAAGUCGUACUGAUUUUUUUUUCAAUAAAUCUUGAAAACUUCAGCUUUAUUUAGGAAAUCUACAAAUGGUUUUAGAUUAAUUUACUUACAUAAUGGCCUUGAAGGCUCGUAGAUGUAGGCUUACGAGUGAUAAAUUACGUAGUUUUAACCUAGGAUAACCCAACCAUCUCAGUGUGACUUAUUUCAGUUGAGUUCACUGACGGAUCGAAAAAAAAUUAUUCCAUUAGAUACGAGUGAGAAAAUUUACUUGAUAAAUAAUUAUUGUUGCAUUAAAGGUUUCAACUGAAGGUUCUCUGGUUCCUACCAAUUUCAUACUCGAAGAUACUUAAUAUACGUAAGCAUCAAAGAACCGAGAUACUUGAAUGACACAGUUGGUACGUAUCAUGUUCCGUGAGUGGGCAUAACUUGAAGGAUUAUGCUCAGUGAGUGACUGGGAUGAAUGCUUAAAUGCUUAUUGGGUGGCCCAGAGGUGUGAGAGUAUGUUUAGUGUGUGUAUCAGCUGGGAAGUGUUGUGGUUACCGAGUGUAGUAACUGUGGUAUUGCUCCUGAGCGGUGCUAAUAACCCCGUCAUUGGAGAUCCUCAUGCAAGAACGAGCACCUACUUAGCUGACGAGUCCUGUGGCAUAACGCAUUGUGUCAGGUUUGGUGGAAUUGUCUUAACUAAUUCAAAGAUAUUUGUAAUUCGUCUCUUGUCUGGAAGUUCCUUAAAAUUAUUCACGAUUAUGAUUAUCAUCAUCAUUCAUGUACCGCUCACUGCUUAUUAGUUUUAGUAACUAUCGUCAGCGCUCUUAGCAGGCCUCUGGUAUCACGCUACAACGUAUUAAUAAUACAAAUAACUAUGUAAAUCUGUAUAGAUUAAGUUACGUAACUACACCGCAAUAUAUUAAGGAUUAAUGUGACGCAUAAAACGAACAGCCGCAUCCUUAAGUAACCAAGUCGGAAAAUGUGUUAUUUGAGUCCAACCAAUGAGGACGAGCUUCAGGAAUACGUCCAGCCAAUCGGGAUGCACUUGGUGCAACUAACCAACCAAUCAGGGUUAGAUCUAGUAAUGCUAACCAAUGAAACCCAGUGACGCAGAGGCAGAAUUUAUUACAGUGCAACAAAAAAGUUUCUUGAGUAUUUUCGAUUUAUUCUCUAUCUACAUUUUCGGAGAAAAAAAAAAAGAAAGGGGGUGUAAGUAACGUGAGGCGGAAAGCGGCAUAACUUCCCACCCCCAGGGAGGCGAACUUGUCUACCCAUAUAAUUUGAGAGAAGACAUUAUCGCCCCGCACCCCGAGGACGCAAGCCUAGCUUCUCACACUCCAGGGACGCAAACCCAGCUCCUCACUCCGGGGAAGCAAACCUAGUUCCUCACACUCCAGGGACGCAACCUUAGCUUCUCAAACUCCAGGGACGCAACCUUAGCUUCUCACAUUCCGGAGACGCAAGCUUAGAUCCUCACACUCAGUGACUCAACUUCAUCUUUCCACAUUCUAAUGGAGAUCAGACCAGUUCUUCACAUCCCUGGGAAGACGACGGCAGCCUCUAAGAAUUAACCACAGCUCCUUAUAUCCCAGAACAAGUAAGGUUAGCCCAUCACUCCUGGAAGAAAGGAAUGUCGCACCAAACACUACUGAGAACCAGUGACUAGCUUUAACACCAGUGGCCACUAGAACGCUGACUCCCACUAUCCCUCAAGUAACUGCAGUGACAACAUCAGUGAACCAACGAAACUUGAGUGUCACUUCACAUCACAACUAGUGCAGUCAUCGGGAGAAUCAAACUCUAAGCACACUGCACUCAUCCUGAAGAAAAAGAAGACAUCAACGGGGGACGUUAACACCAGUGUUCCACGCUCCCAGGAAGCCGUAUUAGUAUUUCCUGAAGAGAAGAAAUACUACUCUUUUUGCUGUCUGGGCAUAUAUUAGUCUACGCCCACGGGGAGCUGAAGCUAGUUGCUAACGCCCCAGGGAAGGAUUAAUAUUUCUCCACAUCAUCUCCGAGAAGCAAAACUAACUCUGGUGAAAAUACAAAUAGUUCUCUACGUGACAUAACUUAUUUUCCACGCCCCUGGGAGACUUAACUAGGUCUCCACGCCCCUGGGAGACUUAACUAGGUCUCCACGCCCCUGGAAGACUUAACUAGGUCUCCACGCCCCUGGGAGACUUAACUAGGUCUCCACGCCCCUGGGAGACUUAAUUAGGUCUCCACGCCCCGGGGAGACAUAACUAGACCUUCCCGCCCAGGGAGGGUCGAGUCUCUGCCAUGAUUCGUAGGCGGGACCCACAGGAGGGCGGCUACUACCUGAAGAAGCUACAGGUGGAGGAAGACCCCAGCAGCAACAAUGGUGAAGUGCAGGAGAUGACGGAGCGACUGUUCAAGGUGAUCAUCAUUGGGGACCCGACAGUGGGCAAGACUUCCUUCGUGCAGCGCUACGUACAGGACUCCUUCAGGAGGGACUACAAGGGCACCGUCGGCGUCGACUUCGCCCUCAAGAUCCUCAAGUGGUCAGAGUCUGAGACCAUUAAGUUGCAGCUCUGGGACAUCGCUGGUCAGGAGCGGUUCACCUGGAUGACCAGAGUAUACUACAAGGACGCCCAGGGCUGCAUCAUCAUGUUUGACCUUACCAAUCGCAAUUCCUUCCUCAACACACUCAAGUGGAAAAAAGAUGUUGACUCUAAGUGUACGCUCAAUGACGGUAGCCCCAUUCCCUGCAUGUUGCUGGCCAAUAAGUGUGACCUGCCACACCGCCAGGUGGACCAGCUGGAGAUAGAGAAGCUGUACAAGGAGCACAACUUCACCGGCUGGACGGAGACCUCCGCUAAGGAGGGUCUCAUGGUCACAGACUCCAUGAGGUUCCUGGUAGACGUGAUGAUGAAGCAGAAAGACAGUCUGGAAGACGAUUCAGCAGAGUCGUCGCUACGAUUGUCCCACGCUGAUCUGGAGAAGCCUGAUCCCUGCUAUUGCUGAGUUUCAUCCCUGCUGCUUCUGCCGUCCCAGCUUGUAAUCUGGCCCCCAGCCCAGCCGGUGCUAGUGUGCCAGGAGUGUUCCUUCAGGCUGCUACAGAGCAGGUUGUUUACUACGGUGUUGUCUCCGUUCCAGUAGGAACACACUAAGCUACAGCCUCCGCCACCAUGACCAUGUGAUUGUGAAUACAGGCGGAGAACUGACUCCAUCCCACUCCAGCUGAAAUGCACACACACACACACACACACACACACACACACACACACACACACACACACACACACACACACACACACACACACACACUGCCUCUCCUGUUUUUGCUCUCCUGCACGGCUACUGAAUCAAGGGUGACGUUAUGGAAGGUUAAAAUGCAGGCAACUAGUGAGCUAGCGCAACAGACGUUACUGUCUGGUGCUGAGGAGCUUUAAUUAAAGACGUGACAUGUCCUUCCGAUGCAAGCUUGAAGCUUGUUCACACUUUAAACCGAACAGCUGAUCGGGGAAGAUGUUGUAUACUUAUGUUAACACCAGGAGGCAGCACAGUGCAAGGUGUCUUGAGCUAAGAUGUCAGAAGUUACUGUCGAAUGUUAUUGUGUGACGUGAAACUUUGUCAUACCUGUUGUUCAUACAGUGCUCUCAAACGCCUAUUAAGCCUACACUUAUCACUCAUAUUUGUCAUGCGUCUAUCACUAACAUCUGUCGCUCACAUCUGCCGCUGUCACACCUGUUGCUCUCACAAUCAUAUAUUCCCUCUCACACAUGUCCUCAUACAUUUCUUUCACGUAUCUGUCGCUCUAAUACAUCAAUCGCUGUCACACACACAUGUACCUCAAACACCUUUACACAAAUAACCCGCACAUAGGAGAGAGGAGCUUACGACGAUGUUUCGGUUUCCCAUGUGGCUCCUGCUGCGAGUUGUCUUGUCCCGAAGGUAAGGUCGAGGCAGCUACCCAACAGGUGUGUGGGGUCUCCAUUGUUUAGCAACUUUACCUCUGGAAUAUCGUGUAGGAGCAUUGCUGUGUCUGCCAGCAGCGUUGGUUGCUGAGUAAGCGUGCAGCAUUGGGACCAUUUACAAAGUCACAGUGUGACUUUGUAAAUGGUCCAAGUAGGACUGAAAUGUCGUCGUAAGCUCCUCUCUCCUAUGUGCGGGUUAUUUGUGUGUUGUUCCAGUCACGGUAUUGUCUUUUUAUUGUUUCAAACACCUUUCUCCGGUUUACGUCAAUAACGGUGUCACUGAAUAUAAAAGCUACAGAUCCAUAUUCUCACCAGCCCAUUCUUAUGGAAAUCUUCAAUAAGUCUGAUAAAUAACUUGCUCAUUUCGUCUUGUGUCGCAUGAGCGACUAUUUUUAUCGUAACUUCCCCCCCCCCCCGUGUUUACCUGGAACCAGUAACUCAAAACAAAGAAUUUCGGAAGUCAUAGUGGGUCUUAUUAGACCUCAGUUGUUAGAUAAUUAUAUCUGUUGAAUACGGUUAGUUUAAAUAUUAAGAUCUAUUCAAAUAAUUCUUUGUUUAUAUAGUGCAGCAGUGUUGACACGUUUUCAUGAUUUCAGGUAUUAAAUAUGAAAGAUAUUCGUAAUUUCCUGUAGCGGUUGGUUGGGUAUGAUGUACAGUAUCUCUAUAAGGUUUGUUUUUUCCUUGGAAAUUUAUAAUCUUUUAUCAGAAAAGAACUAGCAAAUAAACUGAAAGAACGCCGUCUUGCAGUUAACUUGAAAAGUCUGACGUAUCGCUAAACAUUCAAAAGUUUGAGAAUGUUUAUAAUCUGCACAGCACAUUCCCUUAUUUAUUUAACAAAAGUAUGUCAAUAAGGCACUAAGCUUUCGUGAAUGCUUUAUAUUUUACAGAUUACAUAAAUAGAAUAUUUUAACUACUUUUAUGUCCUUCAUCAAGUAAUGACAGAGAGAAAGAGAGAGAAAGUCAGAACUCAAAUCUGGUGUGACAGCCGAGUCAAUU